AUGCCCGACAAGAAGAUCUUAAUCGUCGUCAGCGAUGCUGAUUCCAUCGUCGUCACAAAAUCUUCCGGCAGCAGUACCAGUACGAACCAACAGGUCCAACAGCCAACCGGCUUCUUCCUCAUGGAGCUCGCAAAACCAUUAAGCCAAAUUCUCGAGGCCGGUUAUGAAGUGACAUUUGCGUCUCCCAAUGGACAAAGGCCCGUUCCAGAUCCCAACAGUGAGAGUCUAAUGGCAUUUGCGGGAAAUUUCUACGAACGCCAGCGCGAGAAAGAUUUAAUUCAACGCAUGAAGCGGGAAAAUGGGUUUAACUCUCCGCGACAAUUCAAGUCAUUCAGUAAUUAUGAGCUCGAUUCUUUCGCCGGUAUAUUCAUUCCGGGAGGGCAUGCCCCUCUACGAGAUUUGUCAAACGAUCCAGAGCUAGGUCGCAUAUUGAAGCAUUUUCAUUCAAAGGGCAAGCCUACUGCGGCCAUAUGCCAUGGUCUGAUUGCGUUUUUAAGUACAAGAUGUGCGUGGGAAGUGGGGGGCGAGUUUGCUUAUAAGGGUUACAAGCUUACGAGUUUCAGCGAUGCGGAGGAAAAAGCGGUGGAAACCAUGCUGGGAGGAGAAAUAAAUCCAAAGCUUGAGUCGGCGUUGGCACAUGCUGGUGCGGUGAUGGUCGAGGGUGCCAGGGAGAAAGUGGGAUAUAUUACAGUUGACAAGGAGGUAGUGAGUGGAGGGAAUCCGUUGGCGGCUCAGGAUUUGGGUCGCCAGUUUGUGGGUAUGUUGGCUGGAGCUGCUUGA